AUGAAACGACCAGCAGCCCGCGAGGAGACCGAGGAAACACCCGCCAAAAAGACCAGGGAGACCCCGAAGGAUGAAGAGGAGGAUCCAGGCGAAGAGGAGGAGCCAGAGGAAGAGGAGCAGGAAGAAGAGGAGGAGCCCGAAAAAGCACCGGAGAAAAGCCCCGAACCGCCAGAGCCGAACAGCAAGCUCGCGAAGGUGAAAGGCCUCUGGCGCCCUCGCUUCGAAGCACUGGCCAAGAAGGACCCCCGGUUGGUGCUGGACCACGGUGUGCUGUCUUCUGACAACAACAGGUCAUGGACUGUCGCCCUGAAGAAGGAUGUAUCCAAGUUUAACCCGUAUUCUGGGUGCUUCUACAUCUACGAUGCCAAGCAAAAACGCUUGGAUAUGGUGAAUCGGAAGUACGGAACUGCCUUCGAAGUCAAUCUAAAGGACGGUGCCAGCCUGGGCUGGACGAAGUUCGCUUCGCUGGACAAAGCGCCUGGUGCUUGGCAUUUUGCAACCGUUGCUGAUUUGAGUCAGCUGGCAGCUGGGGUUGAGAGUAAGCCUUUGGACCUAGGUGGGAAGCAGCUUGCCUAG